AUAUUCACUUCCCUCUGCGAUCAUCUCUUACCUUCAUCAUUCUAUCCCAUCACCUCAUUUGGUUAAUUAUAUGCAAACAUGGCGUCCUCAAAAACUUUUCUUCUACUGGGUCUUGUCUUUGCUGUUCUCCUUAUCUUCUCUGAGGUUUCCGCUCGGGAGCUGACUGAGACUGCUCCUACUCAAACCCAGGAGAGCGUUGAAAAGUCUACCUAUGGUGACCAUUAUAACGGAUACGAGCAUAAACAUGGAUACGGGCACGGACAUGGAGGGCAUGAGCAUGGCUAUGGACAUGGCUACGAGCACAAACAUGGAAAGCAUGAGCACGGCUAUGGACUUGGAGGCUUUGGACACGGAGGCUACGGAUAUGGAGGCUAUAGACAUGGAGAGCAUGGCCACGGACAUUGGAAGCAGCACGGGUUUGGCCACGGACAUUGGAAGCAGCACGGGUAUGGCCACGGCCAUUGGGAGCCCGGGCACGGCCACGGACAUUGGGAACACAGGCAUGGGCCCGGCCAUCACGGAAAACUAGUAGCUGGUGCUGAAGAGGCUGAAUUACAGAAUUAGAUAUAUGACCCUUCAAUUUGCCUGUAGUACUGAAGUCGUAUGCAUUGCAAUAAAGAUUUGCUAGUCAAUAAAAGCAGUAGUCCAUGAACUGUGCGCUUUGGAUCUCACAAGUAUCAUGCUGCGCUGCGGCAGGUCAAAAAAUUUAUCAUGUAAAUAAAGAAAUAUACUAAAAGUUUUAAUACUA